AGAAAAAGGAGUGAACAACAACAGAAAACGGAGAGAAUCUGUUUAGCUGGUGAUUAUAUUAAAAAUGCCUUCUGUUCAAUUGUUAAGAGCAUUUGUCAGUGAGAGACUGACUGUCGCGGUUGAGGAGAUUAUGAUGAUAUUUGAAAAGACAAUAUCCGAAUAUGAGGACGAGCUCAAGCACCAUCGCAGACUGCUAGAAGCUGGUCAAAUGCCGAGAACAACGGUCGAUGACCAUCGAACAGAUACGUCUCGGUGCAUCCAGCCAGUCGUAAUCAGCAUGAAGAUCCCGCUUGUGCAUCAAGAGAGGAGCCAAAGCCUGGAUCAAGAGGCCCCAACUCCCUCACAUUUUAAACAGGAAGUGGAAGAAGUCUGGACGAGUCCCGUAUUAAAGGAUUGUCAAAAAUCUGAAGAUCUGAAUUUGGAAAAUGAAUAUGCUGAAGAGAAACCUAUUUCCUUUAUAAAACAGCAAAGAGAAAGUGUUGAGCAUAGACAGGCAAAUUCCAGUUCAUGUGAGCCACUAGCAAGUGAAUUCAAUGACAAUGUUGGAGGUUUGAAUGUAUCAAAUGUUGCAAACGUAACUAACAAUAGUCAACCGGCGCUUCUUAAGUUGGUCAACUUCAAUAACAGGAAGCAGACCACUGAUAAUCAGCCAUUUUCGGAUUCGUGGAAGUACAAUGAUCCAGAACCUCAUCUUAGCGCUCAUAAUCAGAGAAAAUGCUUCAAGUGCUCAGAGUGUGGCAAAAUAUUCAAAUACAGCCAUAAUUUGCAGAGACACAAGUCAUGUCACACAGGAGAGAAACCAUUUGGCUGUAUUGAGUGUGGCAGAAAAUUUAAUCAAAAAGCAAGUUUGAACAGACACAAAAGAAUACACACAGGAGAGAAGCCUUUUUGCUGUAUGUUUUGUGGUAAAAACUUCACUCGAAGGGGAUCAUUAACUUCACACAUGAGAUUUCAUACAGGGGAGAAGCCUUUUAGCUGCUCUGUAUGCAAGAAAAGUUAUAACAAUAGAGAGGUACUUGUAAAGCACAUGACAACGCAUGAGAAUUGCAUGUGAUAACAUUACACAGUUAAAAUAUUAUGUAAUUAUAGAGCUUUGUAAUUAGAAUCACUGGUGUAUUUCAAAACGAAAUAAUUUAUUUUCAUGAUAUUUGACAUGAGAGAGGCAUGACAGAGUAGAAAAAGUAAAAUGUGCUUGUUCAUUGAGAUUGAAAAAUUCAAAGUUGUGUUCCAAUUGCAUGCUUCAGACAUCAAAAAUAAAUUUUUGACCUGUUUGAAAACACAAUUUCAAAAUGAGAAGAAAUUUGAAUGGGAAUUUGCUUAGUUAUCAGUUUGCGAUAUGAUGUCAAAUUUUAUUAAAUAUCCUGUAUAUUUUUGACGUGUGUUUGGCAUUACUGUACUAUGCUGGUAUAAUCUCAAUUUCAUACAUAAAAGCACAGGCUGAGUUGUAAGUACACACAUUAAAGUCUCACCAUGAUUGAAUGAUUGAAAAUGUUACAAUUUUCACAGUAAAUUAGCAAUGAAUAAUCAGGACGAAAUAUUAUCCAUCAAACUGAAACAGCGAUUCACACAAGACUAUUAUUUUAUCCAAUAAAGCAAAUGACACCCAGUUCAGGGUGUAGCACACCUCUUGCUUGGCUGAAAUGUCUUGAUUUAGUAAAUGUGUACAUACAGUGGGGCAAAUAAGUAUAUAGUCAAUCACU